AUGAGGGUUCUGGCGCGGUGCUGCUGGGGGCCGCGGCUGUGCGGUGGCGCAGUGGGUGGGAGGCCGAUCCCUUAUUGGCGAGUGCUGGCCGGGCGCGGCGGGACCCAAGGCCGGGAGGACUGCCGGGACACCCGAAUCCGCGAGAAGCCGCCCUGGCGGGUGCUCUUUUUCGGCACGGACCAGUUCGCCCUCGAGGCGCUGCGGGCGCUGCACACCUCCAGGGAAAACAAAGAGGAAGAGUUAAUCGAAAAACUGGAUGUGGUCACUGUACCUUCCCCAUCACUGAAAGGACUGCCAGUGAAGCAAUAUGCUGUGCAGUCCCAGCUUCCAGUGUAUGAGUGGCCAGAUGUGGGAUCUGAAGAAUAUGAUGUUGGAGUAGUGGCUUCAUUUGGCCGACUUUUGAGUGAGGCUCUUAUUCUUAAAUUUCCCUAUGGCAUAUUGAAUGUCCAUCCCAGUUGCCUCCCGAGGUGGCGUGGUCCAGCCCCUAUAAUCCACACAGUGCUUCACGGAGACACAGUUACUGGAGUAACGAUUAUGCAAAUUAGACCUAAAAGGUUUGACGUGGGCCCAAUUCUCAAGCAGGAAACCAUUCCUGUGCCACCCAAGAGCACAGCAAAGGAAUUGGAAGCAGUAUUGUCAAGACUGGGUGCCAACAUGCUUAUUUCGGUUUUGAAAAAUUUGCCUGAAAGUCUGAACAAUGGAAGGCAGCAGCUAACUGAGGGGGUGACGUAUGCCCCUAAGAUUUCUGCUGGUACCAGCUGUAUAAACUGGGAGGAACAAACUUCGGAGCAAAUAUUCAGACUUUAUCGUUCUGUUGGAAAUAUAAUCCCAUUGCAGACACUCUGGAUGGAGAAUGCCAUUAAACUUCUGGAUUUGGUAGAAGUUAACAAUUCAAUCCUUGCUGAUCCAAAAUUAACAGGACAGGCUGUUAUUCCAGGAUCAGUAAUAUACCACAAACAGUCACAAAUACUGCUGGUUUAUUGCAAGGAUGGCUGGAUAGGUGUUCGAUCAGUGAUGCUUAAGAAAACACUAACAGCUACUGAUUUCUACAAUGGAUAUUUGCACCCCCAGUACCAAAAGAAUUCCCAAGGUCAACCAAGUCAGUGCAGAUUUCAGACUCUCAGACUUCCAACAAAGAAGCAGCAGAAGAAAAUUGUUGCUGUGCAACAGUGCAUUAAGAAGUUAGGAAAAAGAUGGACAAGAACCUAUUACAUAUUUGUAAUUUAUUAAAAGCCUUAUUUACAAGGAA